AAAGGUACAGUACUUGUGAACUGAGCUCAAAAUGAGAGUUCCUGUAAAACUCCUCAUCUUCAGCUUUUGGUUGCUUUUCUUAAAUUGUUCCCGAUGUCAAGAAUGUCAUCGAGAGGACAUUAAAUAUGAAAACACAGAGCUAGCUGCGAAAGCUUCAUACGCUGAUGGUGAAUCAGUGAGACUGAACUGCAUGACCGGUUAUACCGGCUUGUAUAGAUUAAAGUGUGAAAAAGGAGAAUGGAAGAAAUCCAUUGAGCGGACAUGUGCAAAGAGGAAAUGUAGUAAUCCAGGCGACAUACCAAAUGGUGAUUUUGAACUUGCAGCGGGCACGGAAUUCGUUUUUGGAGCAACAUUGGUGUAUACUUGUAAGAAAGGGUAUGAAAUGGCAAGCAGAAUCACUCAGCGUACGUGCAGAGCUCAAGGAUGGGACAAUACUGUUCCUGUCUGUGAGGCUGUAAAAUGUCCAGCUAUUCGUACAGACCGAGGUGUAACUGCAUCAGGCAACACAGAGGAGGGAAGUUAUGGCAAUGUUAUUCACUUUGAGUGUGUAUCUUCUGGCAAAAAGAUAGACGGAAGUAGUGACAUUCACUGUGAAGAGACGGGAGAAUGGAGUGACGUUGUUCCAACAUGCAAAGAUAUAACAUGCACAGCACCUGUCAUAUCAAAUGGAUAUGCUAUUGAGCAAAUGCCAGAAUACCAGAAAGAUGCCAUAUUAAAAUACAAAUGCAAUCCAGGUUUCAAGCCCAGAGAGGGAACCCCCAGAUGUGCUAAAUUUGGCUGGACUCUGAACCCAGAAUGUGAUGGUAAUCCACCACAGUUACAUAAUUCAGAUAGGAAAUUAUACUCAAAUACUUGUAUUAAUCUUUCACAAUGCGAACAAAAAGGUGUCACACAGUAA